CCCCACCCCCACCUCCGAAGCGAACCGGGGAAUCUCGUUCAGGCAGGCGGGGACCCAAAGGCCGGAGGCCCACAAGAAGCUUCUACUCCAAUGAGACGGACACCAGACAAUGACGGCGGUUUAUUAUUCACAGGAUGGACAAGCGUCUGGCAUUGGCAAGUAUAAGGACCGGGUCACAGGGACCUCUACCCCAGGAAAUGCCUCCAUCACUAUCUCCAACAUGCAACCUUCAGACAGUGGAGUUUAUGUCUGUGAUGUCACCAACCCACCUGACUUUCAGGGAAUUAACCAGGGACUUAUUGUGGCCAACGUAUUAGUAAAACCAUCAAAGCCUUAUUGUAGCAUCAGAGGGACCCCGGAAGCAAAUCAUGCCAUCUCCCUUUCCUGCUUCUCUGCUGAAGGGGCACCACCCCCUAAGUACCAGUGGUUUAAACUGGAGGAAGAUACCAUCAAACCUGUGAACGAACAAUACAAUCCAACUACUGGGCUUUUGGUUAUUGGCAAUCUGACCACCUUUGAAAAAGGCCACUACCAAUGUAUUGCUAGCAACAGCCUUGGGAACAGCUCCUGUGAGAUUGAUCUCACCACAGGACAUUCAGAAGCAGGCAUCAUUGUUGGGGCACUGAUCGGAGCCCUCCUGGCCGCCAUCAUCAUUUGUUUGAUCGUUUGGUUUUUCAUGACGAAGUCCAAGUCCAAGAAAGGAAAAGCAAUCACAAAGGAGAUGCAGCCUAUGACGAAGACACUCCAAAGUUCGGAAUACGAGUCAGUGCCGGCCCAGGAAACUGCCCCCCGAGAAGUGCCUCUAUCACCCACAGAGCCUGAAUUAUUGGCCCCCAACCAUGAGGAGGCUGAAGGAGAGGAGAAAUAAGCUGUGACUAAAGACACAGCUGCACUCCAGCCAACCCACCGCUAGUGUUUGGAACCGAGUUGCCAUGGAAACCCCCCAUAACAAAGCCUGUGUGUGAUUAAAGCCUAGACAUCCACAUAUUUCCUACUCUGAAUCCCAGGCAAGAGGCUCAAUUUAGUUACCCAAGAAAUACAAGGGCUCCUGCACAAUAUGUUGGCAGUGUGUUAUUUUGCUUAGUUAUAUUUUUUAAACGUGUAAAGGCAAUUUGGUGGAUGGAGAGAUCCUUGGACCUGGGAGUUCAGAGACUUGGUUUCUAGUCCUGGUUCUGCCAUUAUCUCCACGUGUGACUAUGAGCAAGCCCCUUCCAUUCUCCAAGUCUCAGUUUCCCCAUCUGUAUAACAUGAGUGGGGUUGGACCAGGUGAUUCCUAAGGGCCUCACCAACUCUGCCAUGCUAUCACAUCCACAAUAAAUGAUUGGCUGGCUAUUUCUAGCUUAAAAGAAAAUAUUUGGCAGAAUUUGUGACUUGGAUUGAAUAAUCUAAUUUCUCUCUGAUAUUCCACAUGCAGGUUAUUAUGAAAUAACAUUGGUAAAGUCUA